AUGAAAUCCAUUUCAAGAUCCUUCAAGGCUGAAGCAUUCCACAGGUAUCUAAAGCCAGGAGCUUUAGCCCAACUAAGGGACUCCAAAAUCAAUGCCAGAUCCAACAAGCUCAAGCUAUUUCGACUUGACUCGAUCCCAUCUUUGAGUCCAAGCCAAACCCAGAUCCAAAUUUCAGAUUUUGAUCAGAUCCCAAGGUUCCUUAGCAAGAUCUAUGGAGGUUCAUGUUGUCUCCAAAGGAAGAAGCUUUUGGCUCCCAAAUCUCUUUUGCUUGUCAAUUUUCAGGCUUCUAGUCAAAGUUUAGAAUCUAGGGAGAACGAUAAUAAUAGUGAGAGUAGAAGUAAUAGAAAUGGUGAUAAUUUGUUGAUUAACGUGCUAAACACUGAUGUUGUUGUGGCUCAUUGA